AAUAAGUGCCCAGCCCUGGAGUCAAAUAAUGUAGACCCUUACCAAUGCCGCCCUGACGCGCCUCACUUACCUGCCCGUUUUUAAUCCCCCACACAUCAAAUUUAAUCCCUUUUUCUUUUCCCAAAAGAUUACGUGAGGGCGGGGGAGUUUAGAAAGAAAAGCAAAAGAAGACCAAGAAGAAGAAGAAGAAAAAAGAAACGAAAUUGGGAGGAGCGCUCGUGAGGAGGGCAAACAAAUUACGUAGGAGAUAAGCGAAAUCCCCAAAUUUCUCCCCCUCCCUCUCCCCCUCUCCUCCCGUUUGAGAGAGCGCCCCCCGAGCUCCGUCUUCCCCGCGCGCAGUGCGAGUGCGCAGCCGACGCCGGGAGCUCGGCUUCGUCGUUCCCUGCUUUCUUGUUUCCUGAUUUAUCUUUCUUUGUCUUUUUUUGUCCGUAUUUUCCCGGUAUUAUCCCGAUUCGCGGUGAUUUCUUGGUGAUUUUGCCGCGUCCUCGCUCCGGCGGGGGAUCUGUGAUUUCUGCGCUCUGGUUUCCCGAAUCCUCCCGCCGGGGCUUGGAUUACCAACCACUCCGCAUUAUUUUUCCAUUUCGUCCCGGCUUUCUUUUCAUUUUCCCUCAUUUUUCCCGUCAUUUGCGGCCUCGUCCCACUCGUCCCGAGACACCGAGAGCUCUGUUCGUCGGCAAAGAUUUCGAGCUCUGUGCGGCGUGGGGUUUAUGGUUUUCUUAUAGCCGCUGAGCUUGCUUGUUCUGGGUAGCAGUCUUUUUGAGGAAUGAUGGAGGUGAGGGCGUCGCCGGAGCAGCAGGGGGGGAUGGCCGGGAGGGAGCCGUUCGGGCUGCCCAACAGCCCGCCCACACCGCAGUCCUCCGGCCCCGUGCCGAGCAUGCGCAUGACCUACGGCGAGGACGGCAACGCCUACUUCCUUAAGCCGGGCUCAGCUCCGCCGCCGGCGGAGGCCUACCAGCCAGUGGGAGGCGCUGGGCUCGACAUGCCCGUCGGCCCCGACGCGGCUGCUGGUCGGGGCAAUGGCGGGCCGCCGUUCGAGCUCAACAUGGAGGAGGAGGCCGCCAAGAAGCGCGGCCGCGCAAUGAAGUUCGGCGACGACGGCUCCACGUCGCUGGCAUUGGUGCCUGUGCCGGUGCCCGGGGAGCCGACGGCGGUGGCGCCCGGUGAUUUUUCGCAGCCUGCCGCCAAACCGGCGGCCGGCGGCGUGCUGGCGGUGCCGCCGGUCGGGAUGAAGAAGCGGGGUCGCCCAAAGGGCUCCACCAACAAGGUGAAGAAGCAGGACAAGGUCAUGUCUGCGCUUGCUUUCAUUGGGUCUGCAGGAGCUGGUUUUACUCCACAUGUAAUUGCUGUUCAAGCUGGAGAGGAUGUAGCUGCAAAGAUAUUGUCAUUUGCGCAGAACGGAGUUCGUGCCGUUGUUGUUCUUUCAGCAAAUGGUGCCAUUUCAAACGUGACCCUUCGGCAAUCUGCCACUUCAGGUGGGACGGUCACAUAUGAGGGCCGAUUUGAGAUACUGUCACUGUCCGGAUCGUUCACCGUGCAAGACACUGGAGGCCAUCGGAGCCGAACCGGUGGGCUGAGUGUUUCACUCGCAAGUCCUGAUGGCCGCGUCUUGGGUGGCGGAAUUGCUGGACUUCUGAUUGCCUGCACACCUAUACAGGUUGUGGUGGGAACCUUCAACACCGUCGCCGAGAAGAAGAAGGCGCCGAAGCACCAAGCUGCUGCUGCACAUGAACCCGCAUCCGCGCCACCGAAGAUGACGCCGAGCUUCGUGCCCGCGCCGAUCUCCGUGCCGCUCGCGCCUGCCCCUAUCAGCGUCGGGAUGGCCCAGAACAGCCCACCGUCCAGGGGCACGCUGAGCGAGUCCUCCGGGAGCCCGAUGAACCAGGGCGUCCCGGCGGCGGCCACCCCCAGCAACAGCGGCCUGUCCAGCAUGCCCUGGAAGUGAGGCUCCCUGCCUGCUGCAUGCCAUCGUCAGUGACCAGCUUGACGUAGAACUCUCAAGGAGAAGAAAAACAAAACCUGAACUAGAUGUCACCGUUGUCUUAGCGUAAUUUCCUGGUCCAGACUGUUUAUUUAGGCGUUGAACUGUUUAAUGUUGUCGUCGUGGAUUGUUGUUAGUCCGGAUGUCGUGAACCGGGAGUCGGAUUAUUGUCGUGUCUUGUCGUCGAGUUUAACCGGUGGUUAUGAUAAAUUUAUGAACCUUUUGA